AUGACUACGAGAACGAUUUAUCUCAUUUCUGCUCGCAAUACAUCCUUCCAAAGAGCCCACUUCUCAAUAUUUGUUCCAUCGGCUACCAAUCCCGACCAAGGAACCAAAAUCCACGCGGUUGGUGCACCAAUGGCAGGCUACGUCUUGGAGUUCAAACGAAAUUACAAUCCCAGUCUCGAAUCUCAUGACCAUACCUUUCCGAUCGGCCAGAUCCACUCUUCCAACAUCAUUGAUUCCCCAGAUGCGGCUCCAUCUAUUGACUCCACUCCCCGAGGGAAGAUCGAACUAGCGGCGACACAAAUACCGACUCCGGGAAUCAAUCAGAACUUCAUGGCACCUGUCAAUGAUACUACCAACAAGCGGUGUCAGGAAUGGACUAUGGAAUAUGUCCGUCAUCUAGUCGCCAAAGGCCUUAUCGAUGAAAAAGCGGUUGAGAUUGUUCAGUCUAAACGUGAUCCACCUACUCAUGGAAUUGGGCUGCGAUCUGUGACCAGAAUUGGCACAUAG